AUGCCCGGUUCUCCAAAGGCGAAAGCGUCUGCCUCGUGCACAAAGGCAGGCUGUCAAGCAAUCUUCUGGCAGAUAAACGCUGGGGGUAGAUCCCAGGCCUGCUUCCGAGCUCUGCAGUUUAACUGCUCUGAUAAGGUUCCAACAGGUAGUGGGAUCUACCCCCAGCGUUUCUCCGCUAGAAGAUUGCUUGACAACCUACCUUUGUGCACGAGGCAGAAGCUGUCGCCUUUGGAGAACCGGGCAGAGAUGCCCAUCAAGUGUUCCUACGU